GCGUGCUCGUGCAUGCUGCUCGUGUGCCUUUCCUCACCGUGCACUUCCGCGAUAAAAACGUCAAAAAAAUUUCUAAAAGAACAAAAAUUCUUAAUCGUCCGUACCAAGAAACUUCAGUAUUCAAUGUGAUUGCAUCGCAUAUUACUUACAUUUAAGGCUCUGAAUAGUGCAAACUCUUGUGCCUCUUGUGUUUCUCCUUAUCCGAGGUAAACGUUAACAAACUCUGGCUAGAGGCAAGCGACAAAACACACAAUUGUCGGUAAAACAGUGCGCCAGGAAGCAAAGAGACAAGAAAUAAGAAACGCAAGUAAAAAGCAAGAAACAAGACGCGAAGAACACAUUAUAGGUCAGGCUUCAUAUACAACUGCCAAAGAUGUCUGGGAGCAAGUGCCGUAUGUGCGGAUCCACCAGUAUUGAUACUGAUCCAGCACGUGGAGAUGCAGUCUGUACAGGCUGUGGUUUUGUAUUGGAAGAUCAACUUAUUGUUAGCGAAACAACUUUCGAGGAAUCACCGUCGGGUCAUAUGAUAGCACUUGGUCAGUUUGUCGCUAGCGAUAGUACAGGUGGUGCUAGUACCUUUGGUUCAACUUAUCAUGUCAAUGGGAAAGAAUCUAGAGGAAUUACUUUACAAAAUGCUCGGAAAGGUAUAGCACAUAUUUGCUCACAGCUACGGCUAAAUAAUUAUUGCAUUGAUACAGCUAUGAGCUUCUACAAAAUGGCUUUGAAUUACCACUUGACGCGUGGCAGGAAGCAAGCCCUCAACCAAGCAGCUUGUGUAUACAUCACUUGCCGUACAGAGAGAACUGCGCAUAUGCUCAUCGACAUCAGCGAUGUUCUUCAAAUCUGUGUUCACGAACUAGGACGGACGUAUGUGAAAUUCGCCAAAGCUCUUCAUAUCAAUAUACCUUCAAUAGAUCCUUGCUUGUACAUCAUAAGAUUCGCGAAUAAGCUCGACUUCGGUGAUAAAACUCAUGAAGUAUCCACGACAGCUCUGAGAGUGGUUAAGAGAAUGAAAAGGGAUAGUAUUCACAGUGGCCGUAGGCCAUCAGGCCUCUGUGGCGCGGCUCUACUGAUAGCCGCGCGACUGCACGAAUUCAGUAGAUCACCCGCUGACAUCAUAAAAAUUGUUAAAGUUCAUGAAUCUACCUUACGUAAAAGAUUGAUCGAAUUUGGCGACACACCAUCCAGUGCCCUGACAUUGGACGAGUUUAUGACAGUGGAUCUGGAAGAGGAGCAAGAUCCGCCAGCAUUUAAAGCGGCGCGUAAGAAGGAUAGAGAACGUCUACAGAAACUGCAGAAUAUAGAUGCAGAGAUAAAUGAACUGCAAGCAGAAAUUGACAGACAGUUGGAAGAGUACAGGACGGGGAAAGUGAAGAAACGAAAAGAUAACGCAUUCGGUGACAUGGAGAGGGAAGAUGCGGAUAGAUUUAUCCGUGAAAGCAACUUUGAUAUAAUCAACAAGUAUGUUCAGAGUAACAUCGAUGAUCCUGAUGAAAUUCAAGAUUCCAUAAUGGAAAAUAAAUGCUCGGAUAUUACCGGACUUGGUCCGGACUUGGCGACGAUGGGGCUAAUUCCCACGAAUAAUUCUGCGAAUGAGACCAAAGAAAAGUUAAAUAAUAAUGAAGAUAACUGUGAGGAAAUCUGUAUAGAUGACAUAGACGACGAGGAAUUGGACAGCUAUAUCCUUUCGGAAAAGGAAUCGAAAUAUAAAUCUGCUCUUUGGAAUAAAGUAAAUGCUGAUUAUCUCGUUAAAGAAAAGGAAAAAGAAGAGAAACGUUUAAAAGAGAAGGAAGAGGGUAAACCCGAAAAGAAAAAAAGAAAGACAACCAAGAAAAAUAGACAGCCCGCGAAUACCCCUGACGAAGCAAUACAAAACUUGUUGCACGACAAAAAGAUAUCUUCCAAAAUUAAUUACGAAGCGCUGAAGGCACUAAACAAUACUAUAAGUCCUUCUAACAAUCAGCAAGAAAGCAGUCAAGAAUUAGCUGUUAAUAACACGUUGGAAUCGGACGAUUCGAGGACUUUUAAUAAGCCGGCGUCGAUCUAUUCUUCGUUAAAGUCUGAGAAUGCAACAGUUUUGUUAUCAAGAAAAUCUACGUCCAUUAAACCAAACACUCGACAGCCAAAGAAAGCGAACGAAAUAUCGCAACGGGAAAAGAAUGAAGAAACUGUGGAGAAGGAAAGCACUCCAAUUCAGGAGAAUUCAAUAGAUGUAUCCGCGAUGGAUACGUCUGAAAUUGUUGAUGAAAAUGACGACUAUCUCGAUGAAGAAGCGGAUGCCACGGAGAUGUCCGUUGGACAGAUGCUCGGACGUCAUGGAACAUCUGAAGGUGAAGAUGAAGAUGGAGUUGGCUAUGGAUACGAUGAAGAUGAAGACUACUAAAUUUUUUAGACGCUAAUUUAAUUCAAUUAUUUAUUAGUAUAAUUACUAGGAGCAAAAGCGUAGAAAGAUGAUAUGUAACACGAUUUAUAGCUUUUUUAUGAUCACCGCAUGAUAAUUUUAUUUUUCAUAAUAGAAAGGAGAAAAUAAGUUAGUAGAACAUUUAUUUUUUUCACUUCUCUUCAUCGUA